UAAUGAAGAUACUUCAGGUUUUUCACUAUUCCAGUUACACUGAAUUCUGUUGAUUCUGUCAGGAGAAAAACUCAACAUCAUUUUAUCUCCUUCUUUUGAUACCUUUCUCACUCUCAAUCUCUCUCUCUCUCUCUCACUCACUCUAAUCUUCAUUCUCUUCCUGGUUACCUUUUUAUCAACAACAAUUUAAUCAACUAUUAUCUUCAUCAUUGUUUUUUUGUCUUCUAUUAAUUGUUGAUCAUAAUUGAUGAAGAAACGAAAAAUGUUGAGAAUGAAAAGUUUAUCAUGAACACAACUCAAAGAAAAAGUAAUCAAAAGUAAAAAUCGUCAUCAACAUUAAUCAGUAAUUUGAUUUCAAUCACUGCCUUUUGUUUAAAUGGUUAAGUAAUUAAUCAUCGUUAAUUAAGAUACUUUAUCAGUGUUGAUUUACAUUUGUUAAUUUCUUCAAUUAAUCAUCUUGUUCGAGUUUUAUUUUCUCGUGAGUUCUAAUUGGAUUACCAGAGACGAUUAAAAAGUAAAUCUUAUCAUGUAAUCAUCGUCUUAAUGGACGGAACAUCAUGGUAACGGCUUUUGGCCUAAGUACAAUUUACUAAAAAGUGGAUCGGGUAAACACUUUGAUACCACUGUAAAAGGUUGUGAGGGGCAAAGGGUAUUAACAUGGUUAAAAAAGUUCGAGGUGAAUCUUCACCACCACCACCACCAUCAUCAUCAUCAUCAUCAUCGCCGUCAUCAAAUUCUGAGGGACCAAUCGAAGAAAGUAAAAGUCGAAACAUUGGAUCUCGAACUUUACCUCAAAUCGAUCAUCCAUCUAUUAGUGAUUCAGGACAAGCUAAGAAAUUGAAAACUGAAUUACAGGGUAACACUGAUCCGGAACUUGCUGUUCAAAAUUCAGGUAAAAGUUCAUUGGUAUUACCUAAUAAACAUUCAUCGAUCGCCUCAUCAACACCCCGAGUUUCGAGGUUCAAUUUUAAUUGGACUAAAAGUUGCUCGUCUUCUGAAAGGCAACCAUGUUAUUGGCGCUUGGUUACACUUUUUUUAGUAUUCAUAAGUUUUACACUUCUCUCAAUUGUUGCUUAUCAUCAAGUAGGAAAACUUUUGGAUCCCAUGGUGAUUACUCAUGAUCGACAUGAUUGCGUCCCAAUGAAAGUGGCUUUUUGUAUAAAGCACAACGUACGUUAUUCACAUGUUACCUUACCGAAAUCAAUUGAUGGUGAAAUAAACCAGGAAACAAUUAACAUACAAUUAACUGAAUAUGAUCCAAUUCUAAGCGUUAAAUGUUAUUCGCUUCUUCCUUUGUUUCUUUGCUCAUUAUCAACUUCCUUCUGUAACUCAACAUCCCAACCAAUUAAACCUUGUCGAAGCUUCUGUAAAGAGGCUCUUCGUCGAUGUGAUUUUUUUCUCAGUGUAUUCUCAUUGGAAUGGCCUUCAGAAAUUGAUUGCGAUCAAUAUACAGAUAAUCCAGAUCCUGAUGUAUGUAUUGGUUUUCGAGAUAAUCAACGAUUGAUUCGCAAAAAUCGAGCAUGUAACACGGAUGGUUUUCGUUGUGAUGGAAAUCGUUGUUUACCUCGAAGUUGGUUGUGCGACGGUUUCCUCGAUUGUGUCGAUGGUUCUGAUGAACGAAAUUGCAGCUCUUGUACAAAUGAUCAAUUCCAUUGUGGUAAAGGUCGUUGUAUUGAUAAGAAAGAUAUUUGUGAUGGAGUUCGUGAUUGUCACGAUGGUCGAGACGAGCGUCAAUGUUUACGAUUAAGACAGUCAAUGGGCAGAAUGGGACGAGGUCGAUUAGAGGCUUGGUCAGCUUCAGAUAAUAAUUGGAAUACUGUUUGUGGUGAGAAUUGGGAUUCCCAGUUUAUGUCAGCGAAAGCAUGUAAAAUGCUAGGCUAUCGAGUAGCUCAAGAGACGCGAUUAAAAGAUGAAACUUUUGAAGGUCCUAAAGAUCGAAUGGGCCAACAAUUGACCAAAACAAUGUUUUACAAAGGAAGAGAAAAGGGUUGUACCAAUUCGAGUAAAAUCUCGGUUUAUUUAAAAUGUACCAAUUUCGAAUGUGGUAAAUCAGCUGUUUCUUAUGGUGUUAAUUUUCGUAUUGUUGGUGGAACUGAAUCAAGACCCGGACAGUGGCCAUGGUUAGCAGGUCUUCAUGGUGGACCCGCUGAGAUAUUUUUUUGUGGCGGGAUUUUAAUCUCCCAAAGAUGGAUACUUUCAGCAGCCCAUUGCAUUGGAAAUCAAACUGAUGUAACUGGAUUAACGGUUAAAUUGGGUCUAACUCGACGGACAUCAUCUCCUUUUCUGGUUCGAAGGCAAAAAGUUUCAGCCGUAAUCAAACAUCCAGGUUUCAAUCUGGCAAAUACUUAUGGAAAUGAUAUUGCACUUUUAUUAUUGGAAGAAUCGGUUGAUUUUGAUGAGUUUUUAAGGCCAGUUUGCUUACCCGUCGGAGCGGAAAACUUAAUUCCAGAUAAAAAAUGUACCGUAAUUGGUUGGGGUAAACCUAAUCAUGACGAUGAAGCAGAUUAUUUAAAUGUUAUCCAUGAAGUUAAUGUUCCCCUAGUUAAUCAUUCGGUUUGUGCUCAAUGGUAUCAACUACAAGAUAUAACGAUUGGUGAUAAAAUGCUAUGUGCAGGUUAUCCUGAAGGUAAGAAAGACGCUUGUCAAGGUGAUUCAGGUGGACCACUACUCUGUCGUAAUCAAGAUGAUUCCUGGUAUGUUGCUGGUAUCGUUUCUUGGGGUAUUAAUUGUGCUCAACCAAACCUACCAGGAAUCUAUACAAAUGUUUUCAUGUAUCGAGAUUGGAUCACCCAAAUAACAGAGGAAUAUGGUUACCCACUGGAAACGACGACUAAUUCAGGAGAUUUAUCUGACUAACAAUAGAACUCAAUAGAUUAACUAUGUAAUAACUAUUCUGAUUAAAAAAUUUAAAAUUCAAAUUUAUAUCUUUGUACUAAUCAAAAUCCAUGUUUUGGACUGCCAUCUAUUGCCUCUGUUUCCGUUCAC